GGUUAGUCCUCCUUUGGGCUGCUUUAAGCAAAUCUCUGUACAAACUCAACCGCCUAAAAUGAUUCACGCCUUCAAGUCGGUCAUAGCUCAGCCAUUUCCCGCCAUCACUCUUCGCUCGCCGCCCGUUCCUCGUUACAUCGCCGGCAGCCGCUUAACUCCUUUGGUACGAUUAGCUCACAACGUUGUGCCUAGCCAGGCAGAAAACCGGGGCGACAUGGACAGAUCGACAGAUCCAAAAGAGAAAAAUGCAUUUGUUACUUCGGAUGUGAUGGAGAUUUCGUUUGGAGAAGGGUAUGCAACGAGAUCUGAUGAAGAAGGGUUUGGUGGAAUCUAUGGAGGAAACCAGAGGAUGCCUGAAGUUGAUAUAGACAAGGAGAUCCACGUAGACCAUCAGGCUUAUGACAGGACACAGGGAAGUGAAGUGAAGGAGAAGGAGAAAGCACGGAACCAGAUCCACAUUAGCAACUAAUAAAGAGUGAAAACAGAGAGAAGCUCCGUCUAAAAUGAGUCUUCAGAAUUGAUUCUGUCUGUUUGUUUAUAUACUUUUUUUUUUUUUUUCUGUGUUUUCUGUUUGUUUAAUGCUUUCAAGACCCCAUUUUUGUUUGUUGUUCUAAUGACGCUAGGUCAAAUUUUGCAUGAAUUUUUAAUUACACGUCGAUUUU